CCGCACCACAAAACAAAUCGGCCAAAGCGAGCCAAGUGAUUCAAACAGACGAGCCCCGAGAGAAGAGGAGAUAAAGCAGAGCGCCAUGGCAACAGCGGUCAGCGGCAGGUGGACGCGCGUCCGCACGCUGGGCCGCGGCGCGUCGGGCGCGGUGGUGUCGCUCGCCGCCGACGCCGCCUCUGGCGCGCUCUUCGCGGUGAAGUCCGCCCCCGCGUGGGCCGCGGAGCAGCUGCGGCGCGAGGGGAGCAUCCUGUCGUCCCUCCGGUCCCCGCACGUGGUCCCCUGCCUCGGCCACCGCCCCGCGGCCGACGGCGGGUGGCAGCUGCUCCUCGAGUUCGCGCCCGGCGGCUCGCUCGCGGACGUGGCGGCGAGGAGCGGCGGCGGGCGCAUCGGCGACGAGCGCGCCGUCGCGGCGUACGCAGCGGACGUGGCGCGGGGCCUGGCGUACCUCCACGGGCGGUCGGUCGUGCACGGCGACGUCAAGGCGCGGAACGUCGUGGUGGGCGCCGACGGCCGCGCCAAGCUCGCGGACUUCGGGUGCGCCAGGGCCGUGGGCUCCGGGCGCCCCGUCGGCGGCACGCCGGCGUUCAUGGCGCCCGAGGUGGCGCGCGGGGAGGAGCAGGGCCCCGCCGCCGACGUCUGGGCGCUGGGCUGCACCGUCGUCGAGAUGGCCACGGGCCGCGCGCCGUGGAGCGACGUGGACAGCCUCCCCGCGGCAGUGCACCGGAUCGGGUACACCGACGCCGUGCCGGACGCGCCCGGGUGGAUGUCCGCCGAGGCCAAGGACUUCCUGGCCCGGUGCUUCGCCAGGAACCCGCGCGACCGGUGCACGGCGGCGCAGCUCCUGGAGCACCCGUUCCUGGCGUCAGCCGGCCGCGGCGUCAAGGCGGAGGAGGCUGCGGCGGCGUCUCCCACGAGCACGCUGGACGCCGCGGUCUGGGAGCCCGACUCCGAUGACGAGGGCGAUGCGUCAGAGAGCCCCGCCCAGAGAAUCAAGGCACUGGCCUGCCCCUGCUCGGUCCUGCCGGACUGGGAUUCCGAAGAGGGCGACUGGAUUGAAGUGCUCGACGAGCAAUGUGAAGCCACCAACUUGGUGCCGGUACCAACCAAAGAGGCGGCCGGCGAUGACGAGUGCCAGCUCCCGAGUGUGGCGUUGGAAACAGGGGUCGACUUCAUCGACGCCGAUGCGGAGGGCGAAGAUCCCGGGUGUUGUGUAGCUGUAGGAUAUGAUCCCGGGUGUUGUGUAGCCGUAGGAUUAACUACUGCUUUGUCAGUUGGGCUGUUGGAAGAGCAGUGUAUGGGUGAUUACAGUAACCCAACUGUAUUUCUCGCUUACAGUAUUGAAAUAUCAAAGACCUCUUUACUGCGAAACUGUCCCCUCUUUGUCCUGUUCUACUACCACUACCGUCUACCAGUUUCACAUUGUCUACAUAGAAAAAGCCUCUACAACUGCCUAACUGGUGCGACGCGACAAUUCCAGAAACAUUGUUCUAGACCGAGGCGGCGACGGUGACGGCGACCGCGAGGCGUGAGCUGGGAAUGGCCGGGAGAGCACAUCCCCCUCUCCUCCCAUGGGGGGCCAUGGCGCUAAUGCUAAAGCAGUGGACAGAAUGGACAGAUCACGCCAGUAGAAAGGCAAUUGGGAAGCAUCGCAAUCUGGGGAUUCCUGGCCACUCUGUAUCUCAUCAACCACCCUUUGCUUUCCUUUCCUUUUCUUUUCGGUCAGGGCAUUGGCCUCUGGCCACUAUUUUUACAAACCGUGAAAUCCUCACCCAUUCUCCUCCAGCUGAUAACGAUGAGCUCCGGCGGCCUUGAUGGUGGCGUCCGAGUCCCGAUCGAUCGAGCUAGCGAAACGGAGCACUCCUGCUGCGUAACUACCAGUGGGGUCUCUCGUCUCGUCGGGGACGCUGGCCAUGAGCUACUGGCAAAAUUAAAAUUUCUACUACUCCGCUUCAUCUGGAUAAGUCUGGACAUGUGUGGCGCGUGGCCUGAUGCGCGAUGCGAGUGACGGCCAAGUGGCGCUUUCUUCCAAAACCUGGUGGUGUGGGCGUGGUGUGCUCCUCAUGCAAAGAUGAAAGAUAUAUAUAUUAAAAAAACGAAGUUGGCGUACACGUUUGUUACAUACAGUAGGUGCUACCUGGCACACGUGGGAACCGAUUCGGGACACGGGGAGAGAGAUCUUGAGACUGUGCAGUACAGUUCCUCACGGUUUGCUCACCAGUCACCCCGGCACGUGUCACGGCCUCUCGGCUCGGGAAGCUCAGCUUCUGGGAAGGCUCUUCG